AUGGAAUACGAGCAUUCUAUCAUCAUCUCUACGAAUGCGACUGUAUCAAUCCAGAAUUCAACUUACGUCGUCACCGAUAUCGAAAAUGAAGGAAAUCAAAACUCGCAGUGGUGUUAUGGCUCGAUAGAUGAGCCGAUUCCAAAGCCAGCAGAACCGUUUGAAUACUACUUCCAAAACUGCUGCUGGGUCGACUUGACGGACGACAAAGGCGAAGUGAUUGAAGACGGUCCAUUUAAACUCUACGCAAGAUAUUACGACGUGGAGAACAAUUCUCCACAGGUCAAAGUUCCUGCGAUUUGGCGAGUAAUGACUGGCUGUCCCAAUCAAUCGCUAGAUUUGAAUCCAGAAGACAAAGACGACGACAGAAUUAAAUGCAGAUGGAGCACUGAGGCCGAAGCAAAGAGUGCGAAUUACUUCAAUGGAGACUACAGUUCAAUAACACUUGAUGAGGAAACAUGUGUCCUCAACUAUGAUGGAACAAGUGACACAACUACUUUCGGAGUAAAACCAAUCGCGAUACAGGUCGAAGAUUUUGACGAGCGAGGAAACAUCAAGUCAUCGAUUCCAGUUCAAUUCCUCGCCUCAGUUUGGGAGCCACAAUAUUCAGGAAGCUACGUGGAAGUUACAGGACAAUCAUCGGGGAUCCCUGCUGAUGAAGAGGAACAAAAAUCAGAAGCAUUUUUCUGGGGCGAUACUCUUCACGGUCAUGGGGAUAACCACGAGCCGAAAAGAGAGCGACGGGAAGUUCCGGGAAUAAACCCUGACACUGGCAAUUUCUACUAUUGCGAUGAGCCUCCACAGCUUAUUCCUCCAUCGCCAGAAGCAGGAGCACAGAUUAAUGUCACGAGCACAGUCAAGAUCGACGUGCGUGCAUUCUACUACCAAGAUCUUGAACCAAAGUACGACCUCCGCAGGUUUCAGUUCAACUCACCACAGGGGAUGAACUGCACCGAUAUUGACGAUACUACUGGCCGCGCUUCAUGUACCUGGACCCCAACACAAAAACAGCGAGAACAAAAACUUCACGGCUUCUGCUUCUUGGCAAUCGAUAAAUUUGGUCGACAAUCUGAACGAAGAUGCAUUACUCUGACGAUGUCAGAUUAUGUUGAAGAUGUUAUUAGCAUGCUAAAUCUUUUCGCUCCGGAAUUUGGCUCCCGAGAAUUGACUGAUUACGGAUGUGCUGGCCGCAAUCUUCUUGAUCCAUUCCACAGCAACAUUGGCAAGCCAGAUGCCGAUCUUACCAACCUUUCCGACGUUGGAGACCGUGAACUGCCAAAGUACAUCUUCGACUUAGAUACGAAAACCUGCGCAAACGAAGUCGGAACAUUGGAACGCUCUAUUUGCGAAUGCGAUAAGAGACUUGCUAACACUUUGAAAACCUUAACGAUUCGGCCCAAGUACCAAAAUUACAAAGACACUAAGUGUGAGAAGAAUAAUAUCACAGACCGUCCGGAAGACCCACAUUGCUGCAGAGAUCAGGGUGGAUUAUACAAGAUGUAUUAUGCUUCGAAGAAUUGUUGUGAAGAAGACGGAAAAAUCAGAUCUAACGGAGAGUGCACCACUGAUGGAGGCAUAACAUAUGAAGCCAAGAUCAAAAUCUACCGGCCCGAGUUUGUCGAAGCGGACAAAAGCAAUGAUAAACAAACUUCUGACUCCACAUCAUCCGAUUCAUCCGAUUCAACGGACAGAGGAGCUGGAAUAGGACGAAGGGGUUCGAAGCCAAACAGAUGGGCCAAAGAAACCAAUGUAUUAGAAGGCAACUUGUGA